UGAAAACACACGCAGAAAGUAACCGCUCUGGACUCGGUUUCAACAUGGCCGGCGCAACUUUAUCGGUUUUCGUUGCAGUGAUUGCUGUCUUCUUGUGCAAUGCAGCAGUACAAGGCGAGAGCGAGGUCAUCAGUCAUAAGAAGAUAUUGGGCCUGCGUGGAAUUCCCAACGUCGUCAGCGGCAGUACAACCGACAUUGAGGUGAAGUUCAUCUACCAAGGCUUGCAUCUCCCUGGCACUUCGGGCAAGUGGAAAAUGUCUGCCUACGGAAGCGCCACCGACAACGCGGGUAAUGACAGUUUGAUCCAGGUGGACCAAAUACUCAGCCAAGCCGACCAGGAUGCAGGUGACGACGUGAACUUCAGACCGACUGUGGUUUUAAAGGGAUUGGACGCGUGUGGCGUUGACAGCUACGCUUGUUUCAUAGUAUACAGAGGUGGAGAAAAGAUAAACAGCGCGUGCCUGAAGUUCUCACCCGCCGGCUGCCCAGUUGCGAAGGACACAAAUGAUUACGGGAAGUGGAUGGGCUUGCGUGGAAUUCCCAAACUCGUCAGCGCCAGUGAAACCGAGGUGAAGUUCUUUUACAAAGGUCUGCACGUUCAACGACCUGGCGAUUCGGGCAAAUGGAAAAUGUCCGUCUACGGAAGCGACACCGACAACUCUGGCCGGGAAGAUUUGAUCGAGGUGGACCAAAUACUCAGCCAAGCCGACCAGGAUGCGGGUUACGAUGUGAACUUCAAACCGGACGCGGUAUUAACGGGAAUGAACGGGUGUUCCGGCGGUAACAACUACGCUUGUUUCAUAGUAUAUAAAGGAGAAGCACAGAAAAACACGGGAUGCUUGAAGUUUUCUCCAGAUUGCCGAGUUCUUACACAAGGCUAGGCGAUUGUACCAGUGGAGACCAACGCAGGUAAAGUAGGAGUACGACCAACGACCAAGAACAAAGAUUAGUUUAAAAGGCGGAAGCCUCUCUAUUUACACGUUAUGUAUUUGUGGUGUUUUGGGGAUAUUAUGACUUAAGAUUAUUGGUUUAAAAAAAGGAAAACUUGAUAAAAAUCCUUAAAACGGAACCAACAAAUUUACGCAUUAGCAUGGAAGAGCAGGAACGUCUCUCAGGGUCUCUUUGGUCAAACCGUUUGACGGGUGGCUGAAUAACGCUCCAUCAUCUUGAAUCAUUUAUAAAGAUAUCACGAAGAAAUUGGAAACAGGGUAUCGUAGCAGUUAAACAUAAAGAAAGUAGUUUGUUGCAAGACGUAUUCAAACUGGCGACAUGGCUGAAUGGUUUAAACCAGGGGACAACGUAAUUCCCUCCAUCAAUAAGUUAGUUAAUGUUUUAAUUAAAAACGGUUGAGGAUGGCCUUUCUUUCAUGAAACUUUGUUGAAUUUGUUCAUAUGCAGUCAAAUUGGAACCAUGCAGUUACCAAUGUGGAUCCGUGCAGUGGUUUUGACAAUGAAGCCAGCGGGAGAAAAUUGCAUGGCAUAAUUUCUAAAGGUACUAUUUUAGUGGAUGUUUUCCAAGUGUGGCCGGCACGUUGGAACACUCAAACGUCUUGUUAAAGAGAGGGUAUAGCCCUUGACACUAUUGGUUAAAACUUACUUGGUUAAUAAAAGCAUUUGAGAGCUGUUGAUAUUCUUAAACAUUGUUAGAAACGACACCAUUUGAAUUUACUUAGUUUUACAGAAAAUUUGUUUUCACUCUCAUUAUUUAAAUAUGAGAAAGACUUCAGACACGAAGUUUUUUUCAAGCAUCUGAAAGCCAACAAUUCAACAACACAUUGGUGUGGUCUUCAACUAUUUCCUUGUUACCUCGAUGACCAGUUGGGCACAAAUUUGCACUGAUUUUUGUUAUUUUAUGUGAUACGUUAAAGGAGGGUACUUGUCUCUAAAAACAAAAAUAACAAGUAUGCCUUUCUGUUGAAAUGAUCAUGUGCGAAUUUGCUUAGAAAUGCGAAGACCCACUUUUACAACGACAAUUUCAUUUAACUCCAUCAGUGAGAGUAAAAUAAUUAUAUAACAAGCACUUUUUCCCCUCUCUAUACUUUUAAGUUAACUGUACAUUUCUUAAGGUUUGGUUAACUGGAUGCUCUUAUAUUGGUGAUUUGGGUCGAAUUUAAUAUCUCGUUUUGUGAGAAGCAACGUUUGAAAAUUAUUUCGGCUGACAAAAUUUAACUAUUAACAUCAUAUUCUGCAUA